GUUAUACUUUCUUAUAUAUGAACGAAGUACAAAUUGCUUUCCAGCACCGAAAAAAAAGAGAGUACAAAUUGCUAAACGUUUCUCUCUGCUCGAAUCAAAUCGAAGAACAAAUUCAAGAAGGUUUUGUGAAUAUAAUUUGAAGACAUGACGACUGCGGCUCGACCCACGUGGGCACCUGCAAAAGGUGGUAAUGAACAAGGUGGUACUCGGAUUUUUGGCCCUUCUCAGAAAUACUCUUCAAGGGACAUGGCGGCCCAUACAACUCUAAAACCCAGAAAGGAGGGGCAAGACACCCAGGAUGAGUUGCAGAAGAAGAACCUCCGAGAGGAGCUGGAAGAGCGUGGGGAGUGGGUUUCUUUAUUUGUCAAUUUCCUAAUUAUACAGUGAUAUGACAGAGAUCGCAGGAGAGGAAGCCAGCUGUUGUUGGAAGGGGGCAGAAGGGACACUGAAAUUGUGCCGCGUAAUGUAGAUGCUGAUGAUUCUGAUGUGGAAGUCAAAAGUGAUGAUGAAAGUUCUGAAGAUGAUGAUGAUGAUGAUGAUGAAGAAGCUCUGAUGGCCGAGCUUGAACAAAUUAGGAAGGAAAAAGCGGAGGAGAAGCUACGAAAGGAACGACAAGAGCGGGAGGAAGAGCUUAAAGUCAAGGAAGCAGAGCUUCUCCGAGGGAACCCAUUGCUUAAUGGUGCAACAGCCACAUCCUUUAGUGUGAAAAGAAGAUGGGAUGAUGAUGUGGUGUUUAAAAAUCAGGCCCGUGGUGAAACCAAGGCUCCAAAGCGCUUCAUCAAUGACACUGUCAGGAAUGACUUUCACCGCAAAUUCCUGCAUAAAUACAUGAAGUAAUGUCAUAAAUCAAUCUAUAUCUUGAGAUGGGACCCCCCCAGCAACAAAGUCAAAAUGAACUUUGUCUUUAACAGUUGUAUGUACUGUAAUGUUCUAAUUGAAUGAACCGUGCUUGAUUCAAAUUGGCUUGUACUGAAAGAAAAAGAAAAGGGGUGUUGAAGAUGUAAGGCUUGUAAGCUGGAUCUUGAUAUUGAAUGUUACCUGUUUUAUGAAGUUGAAAGGAAUAGUUUGUUUGUUGAACUUGGUGAUGCGAUUGGUUUGUGUGAA